CAUUUCCAUUUCCCUUUAGUUAUCUUUACUGAGUCGCUCGGAUCGGUCGCUCGGAUCGCGAUCACAAAUAAAACGUUCGCACACACGACACGCAUUAAGUCAAAGCGGCGCUGAGAGCUCGAAAUACAAAAUAACAGAAUAAAUAAAUAUACGUACGUACGUCGCCAACGUAUUCACUCCGCAUUCGAGGGUACUAUAAAAAGUAUCGGGACGUCUUUUUGAAACGCGUGCCUUUUUUUGCGUACGGAGGCAGGUCGCCGAACAUUUCGUAUGCUCCACAUAUGUACUCGCUGACACCUACACAUAGACAUCGCUACAAGCAUCUAACUAAAUAUACAUAAAUAAGUGUGUGUGUGUGUUUUUUUGGUAUAUGUGUACUGCAAGACAUACAUACACAUACACAUAUGUAGAUAUACUACAUACAUAUAGAAGUCGCACGAACAGCUGCUAAACCGCUACAGAUAAUCAGAUACAGAUACAUAUACUAGAAGUAUUUAUAAGCGUGUUCGUUCUUCGUCAGUUCGGUUCAGUUUCUAAAUUUGCGCUUUUUACAGUUAACUUUCGAUUUUUACGUUUUCUGCGCGCUGCGUUCGCUUCCCCGUUCCCCAGUUCUCCCUGCUCGUUUGUGCGUUAUUUGUUGCUUUCGCUUUCUCACAUAAGAAAUUCUUCACACUGCCCACGACGUCCUACCGUCCAUCGUUUAUCGUUCUACCGUCCGUUUGGGGGCGCCAGAAAUAGCCUAAGAAAACGCAGUGAGUGCUUAAAUACCGCGAUCCGUGGCCAGCUUCCAAUUUGAUCGGAAAUUUUAAAAUCAAAAAAGUAACACAGACGGAACGCGCCGCAACAAAUUGAAAGCUGCAAACUGCCGCCAGACACAACAAACGCAACAUAAAGUGCCGCCAUGCCGACACAACAAACCAAGUCCCAAGAUGAGCUGGCGUCAGCAAAUGCGCUAGUCUCCAAGCAUCCCGACAACAACAAGCUGGACAAGUUCAAGGAAGAGGAUGAGGAGGAGGAGGAGGAAAUCGACACCGCUGCAGUUGUGGUGCCACCGGACAGCGGCUGGGCCUGGGUUGUCAUGGUUGCCUCGUUCCUCUGCUGCACCGUGAUCGAUGGCAUCGUUUUCUGCUCGGCCAGCAUACAGGAGCACCUCAUGAAAGAGUUCGGUGUGAGCAAAUUCUAUGUCACGUUCGUCUCGUCACUGCUCAGCGGUUGCUACCUCAUGGCUGGACCCUUUGUCAGUGCAUUGGCCAAUCGUUUCGGUUUCCGUCCCGUCACAAUAACCGGUGCCAUUUUCUCGGCCAUCUGCUUCGGUCUCUCGUACUAUGCCACGAGCGUGGAGUAUCUGUUCGUCAUCUAUGGUGUAUUGGGUGGUAUUGGCUUCUGCAUGGUCUACAUCCCAGCUGUCGUUAUCAUUGGUUUCUACUUUGAGAAGUGGCGUGCUCUGGCCACCGGUGUCGCUCUUUGCGGCUCGGGUGUUGGCGUCUUCGUCUUUGCCCCGCUCACCAAUUUUCUGCUGAAGGAGACGAACUGGCGCAUGACCUUGGCCAUUCAGGGUCUGAUGGUGCUGUCGUGUGCCAUCUUUGGCCUCGCCUUCCGUCCCAUACAACCGAUUACGCUCGGUGUCACCGAGGAUGGCACCGUCGUCGAUGAGGAGAAGACCAAACUGAAUGGCCAUGGCAAUACCGUAGCGCCAACGCCACAAUUGCAUCAGGCUGCGUUCACAAAGCCGCUGCCCGAGGGUCGCUUCGCUUACUCGAUGCCCAACUCGGCACACAACACCUACAUGGGCGCCUCGCAGCGUCAUCAUUAUCCCACGGCUGCGGAGAUCUUCAAGGGCAUGAAUCUGGAGCGCCGCCCGUCGGGACAGGCGAGCAAGGGCACCGAACUGAAGCAGUUGCGCAAAUCCCAGCCCACCACACCGAAUGGUGAUCCUCAGCAGUUGACAUUCAAUUUGCACAAGGAGCUGACCACCGUGGGUGAGAACGAGGAGGAGGCAGAGAACGAUAACCUGUUGGAGACCGAGGCCAAGCCAGUGACGAUUCAGGCACGUCGUCACACAGUCUCCGGCCGUCGACCCCAGGAUCUGGCAAAGCGUCCCCAUGGCACAGGCCAUGAUGCCGCUCAUCAUCAUGGACAAUCGCAGUCUUCGCGUCCUAUGUACAGAGAUGAUAUCUUCUUUACCGGUUCGCUCACACGCAUACCCCAAUAUCAGUCACAGACCUCGCUGGCCUAUCACAUGUCCGUCACCCGGCUGCCCACCAAGCAGGAUAUGCUGGAGGAUCGGCAAAAGGGUUGCCGCAUUUGUCCCGAAGCAGUGCGUCGCACACUCUCGACCAUGUUGGACACCACGCUGCUGAAGUCACCGUCAUUCAUGUGCCUUGCUGUCAGCGGUUUCUUGACCAUGAUGGGCUUCUUUGUGCCCUUCUCCUUCCUGCCCGAUCGUGCCAUAGAAAAUGGCAUGUCCGCAUCCUCGGCCGUCUCGCUUAUCUCGGGCAUUGGCGCAAUCAAUACGAUUGCUAGGAUCGUUUGUGGCUCGUUGAGUUCGUUCCCCAGCGUCAAACCGUUGUGGCUCAAUAAUGUGGCACUCACCGCCGGUGGCUUGGCUACCAUCUUCAGUGGAGUCGUCGUGAAUGCCACCACGCAGUGGGCAUUCGCAUUCUUCUUUGGCGUUUGCAUUGCCUGCUUCUCGGCGCUGCGAUCACUGAUCGCUGUCGAGCUGAUUGGCCUGGAGAAAUUGACCAAUGCCUUUGGAUUCCUGAUGUUGUUCCAGGGUUUGGCUGCCACCAUUGGCAGUCCCAUUGCCGGUGCCCUUUAUGACAUGACCAAAAGCUACAAUAUGGCCUUCUAUUUCGCUGGUGGUUUGAUCCUGUUGUCGGGUUUCCUAUGCUAUCCCCUGACCUGGAUAUCCAACUGGGAGCAGCGACGCAAUGCCAAGAACGAACCGCUGCCCACAGCCUAAUCAAGAGAGUUAUCAAACAAACGCAAAAACAACAAUACAAAAAACUACAGCAGACCAGAAAGAAACGAGAAAUUCGACAAAUGGAAAGUUGCCUCGUCGUAAUUGUCUUCUGAUAUCGCCACUUUAGCAGCAAAAACAUUGAUGUGCUCCAUUAAGUGGUUAGUUUAACACUAAUUGCCAAUAACUCGAUGUCGAUGUUGUUGAAGAUUUAACAGAAUAGAACAGAAAAACUGAAACUGAAACCGAACUACACCAGAAACCGAAACAAAUAGAUACAGAAGCAGUAGCAGAGUCCCAAUCUUCUGUCAAUGCUUCGCUGCGGAGCAGCGUUUGAAGCAUGUGCUUGAUAUGUCUAUUUGUCUAGAUCUAGAUUAAGUAGUCUUAGUCUUUAAGUGUAAUGUUUGUGCCUUUUGCUUUAUCGAGUGCCUCGCCUCAUCCUACACACACACACACACAUCACACACCUAUCUACAACCCACACAGUACAUGCAUAGAUCAAGCUUAAGUAUUGAUUGAUUUUAAAAUGGUUUCAUCAAUCGGAAAGUGCUCACCCAAUAAUGUUGUUGUGUGUUGAUCGAGAGCAGAGGUGGAAAAUUAGAAUCAGCAGCUGAGCACAUGGCUGGGCCACAAUUCGACUGCCAAGUUUUAAGAGAGAAGCGAAGUGAGAAGAGACGAGAUGAGAUGAGAAGUGGACGUUGCAUUUGUUUAAUUGAUAAGUUCGACUAACUAAACUGUUAGCAUCUGCUCCAGACUUGUUACAUAGUUUGUACAUAUGUAAGCUUUAGUUCCUAAGCAAAAUCAAACACCACACACACACUCACAUACACAUUGUUGAUGUUGUUGUUUGCUGCAGUAAACUCUAAGGUUAUUGCACCGUAUUCAAUCCAAACCCAACUUGAAUCCCCAUUGUCGACGCGUCGUUAGCUGAUUAUGGACAACAAACAAAGCGUUGGCGUAUCUGGCACAAUUGGAACUGUACACACACACAAACACAUACACAUACACACUGUACACACAUGCAACACACAUACAAAUAGCUACAUACUCAAGCGCUGGUUGCGCUUAUGUUUAUCAAAUACAAAAUGUAAUAACAUAUUUAAAGAGAGAAAAAUUCAAAACAAUAUAUCUGACUAUACGAGUAUAUUUGUUUUUAGCAUAUUUUAAAGUUAUACAUUUUACAAUAAACGACAUUUAAGUAAUUUACAAACUACACAAA